AUGAUCUUUAAAAGUCCAAUAAAAAAAGAAAAUAGACCAAUUUUUUUAAUAAAUGAUAAAAAGAAACGCGAACAAAUUGAACAAGAAUUCAAAGAACAAGAUAGAAGGGGAAUAGAUGAUAAACUUUUACGUGAAUGUCGUGCUAGAAAGGAAAAAUUGAUAAAGCUAACGGCGAAAGAAAGUGCACAACAACUAGUAACUACUGUUGGAAUGGAUAGAAGUUGA